AUGGUGUUAAACAACACGGAAUUUGAGACAUUUGAACAGCAGUUCCUGGAACUUGUUGCUGAGUUUGAAUCUAUUAGUGUGUCAGAAAAGCACUUGCGCGAAACAGUCCAAACAGAGUCGACGCGGGCGGAGGCGGCGGAGGCAGCUCGUGACGCCGCCGAUCGCGCCGCGGCCGAGGCGAGGCACGGCGCCGCCGCUGCCACCGCGGGCGCCGCCCACGCCGCCGCCGCGCUCGCCAAGGCUCAAGAGGAACUCGCUAAUGUUAAAACGCAAAUGGAAAUACAAGAUCGGCAGCGCACUCUCUUCGAAGAACGUUGCGCCGACUUGUCUCGUCAACUAAGCAGUGUGGAGCGAGAAGUGCAACAGCUGCGGCCGCUGCAGGCCGCGCACGGUGCGCUGCAGCGUCAGUACUCCGAGCUGCAGGACCGCGUGCGGCUCGCCAACGACGACGCUCGGAGCGAGGCGUCUCGGCUUGAGAGCGAGCUCCGAAGAGUAGAGCGGUGCGCAAGCGGCGGCGCCGAGAUUCGCGAGCGCGCGCGACUUGCCGCCGCCGCGCACGCGCGGGAGCGCCGCCGAGCUGCAGCUGAGUUGCACCAUACCGCUAGCGAGCUGAGGAGAGCCAACACUGAAAUAACUCGCCUCAACACACUAGUAGCAGAGCUCCAAGCCCGUUUAUCAGCAACCAAUCUAACGGAUUACUCUAAAGCGGCAGUGGACCCCGACAAGGAAGCCCUGAGCGUGGCGAAGGCCGCGCUGGAGGCGGAGCGCGCCGGGUCGGCGCGGCUGGAGCGCGCGCUGGCCGCGGCGCUAGCCGACAACGCCGUACUCGCCGCGAGCCUGCAUGCUAGGGAUAAUUCGCACGCUAAUGAGGAUCGACAACCGCCAAGUUCUUUGCCAAAGGAGGAAGAUACUAAAAUAUCGCCUAUUGAUUCUUUCUUGGCAGAUUAAUCAUUGCGUUUAUUCAUUAUUUUCAUAUUUCAAUAUGUUGGUAAUAAACUGUCAAUAUUUUAUCGUUUAAUUUGCUGACCGCGGCGUUGUCGGCCAGGACAACGCCGUCCUCGCCGCGAGCCUGCAUGCUAGGGAUAAUUCGCACGCUAAUGUGGAUCGACAACCGCCAAGUUCUUUGCCAAAGGACGAGGAUACAAAAAUAUCGCCAAUUGACUCUUUCUUGGCAGAUUAAUGGUUGCAAUAUGUAAUAGGUACUUAUUUACUUAAUAAGAUUCAUAUUUAAAAGGAUUGUUAUGGUUGUUAUGUGAUGGUAAUAAACUUUGGUAAUAAACACUUU